AUGGCCCCUUUUCCCCUACAGAGAACAGAAGUCGGAUGGUAUCCCUUCAAGUGUGUUGGGACCAAAGCCGUCCAUCUUGAGAUGGCUUUCUGUCUUUCUACUGAUUCCUUUCUCCAGUGCCUAAUGAGGUUCGUUAGUAGACGAGGAAAGCCGACUGACAUCUAUAGUGACAAUGGAACCAACUUUGUUGGAUCAGUUAGGGAGCUCAGAAGUGAAAUAAAAAGGUGGGAUCAAAGGGUAAUAUCAGAUCAGUUACUGACCUCUGAAAUACAAUGGCAUUUUAAUCCACCUGCAGCUAGCCAUCGCGGGGGAUUAUGGGAACGUGUGAUCAGGUUAGUACGACGAAUCCUCAUUUCACUGUGUAAAGAGCAAUGCGUAAACGACGAGCGACUCAACACCCUCUUUGUACAGACAGAACGCAUAUUAAACAAUAGAGCGCUGAUUAUACCCGCUUCUUGA